AUGUCAAAGUUCCCAGAAGUACAAGGUGGAGGGUCAUUGAUCAUCGCUUGGCAAAUUAAAGACAAGCAUGUACUAGUCGUAGGUGGUGGAGAGGUUGCUGCUGGACGCAUCCUCCACGCCCUCAAUGCCGAUGCCCGAGUCACUGUGGUUUGUCCAGCCGCUGGACUAAACGAAGAAGUAGCCUUCAGGGUGGCAGAAAAGCAAGUCACACACGUUGAUCGAAACUUUGAGCCAUCCGAUCUCGAUAAUGUGGACAUGGUGCUCUGUGCUAUCGACGACCCGGAGGCUUCAACACAGGUGUGGAAACUCUGCAAGGAGAGGCGAAUUACUGCCAACAUCGCUGAUGUCCCGCCUGAAUGUGAUUUCUAUUUUGGGAGUGUUCACCGCGAUGGGCCAUUGCAGGUCAUGGUCAGCACAAAUGGGAACGGGCCCAAGCUGGCCAGUAUUGUGCGGAAAAAGAUCGCGGAGACUUUGCCAGCGAACAUGGGGGCAGCUAUUGAGAAUGUGGGAAAACUCCGGAAGAAGCUUCGGGUGGUUGCACCGAAUCCUGACCAAGGCCCCAAGAGAAUGAAAUGGAUGUCUGGUGUUUGCGAGACAUGGAGCCUCGAUGACCUUGUACAGAUGACCGAAAAGGACAUGGACAGUGUAUUAUCCUUUUAUGAGUCGGGUAAGAUCCCAACUUCAGAGGAAGUGCAAAAUAAGUAA